AUGGACGUCCCGAAUGUCACCUGUCGUGAAUAUCAGUUGCUCGAUAUCACUGACGAUGACUUCUCAUCCCUCAUAUCUAGUGACGGCACCACCAAAGACGAUGUCAAGAUAUCCGAGGGUGAAGUCGGUGAAAAGAUCGAGAAGCUGUUCCGCACUGAAGAAAAUGACACCAACAUCAUUGUCUUGACUGCCAUGGGUCAGGAGUGUGCCAUGGAUGCAAAGGAAGCCCCCAAACGAACAUCUUCACGACGAUAG